AUGGCCGAUACUUCUCACGACUAUAACGGACUGGCCUCGACAGCGCCUCGGUCAGUUCGCAAGAAGUUUGCUAAACCGCCAGUUAAGGUAGCCUGCCUGCCUUGUCGGGCUUCGAGAACACGAUGUGGCGGCCAGAUGCCAUGCGCGAAUUGUGUUAGCAAAGACAGAGAAUGCUCUUAUCUACCCAGCAAACGAGGCGGGCCACGCAAAAAGAAGGAAAAGUCCUCCCUGUCACCAGAACAGGAAUCGAGGCAAGAUGAUGAUCUAUAUAAUGCUGUCCCUUCGCCCCCGGAGUUUGAAGAACCACCAGGGAUGUUCAACCAAAUCGAUGAGCUCUCUCUGCCUGGCGCAGGUUUAAGACAUCUUGAUUUCCAAUCCGAAGUUCCCUCCAUGUUCCAGAGCUUCUUCACUGGCGAUGGCAGUCAGUCGCACAUGCAAGUGCCCUUGAUAUCACCGCCCUUGGACAACACUCAAACUUUUGUAAGGACCUAUGGAAGUGAGCCCGAAAUAUUGAAUGCCUAUUACGACUUCAUCCAUAACUAUUUCCCCAUUCUUCCGCCACGGGCAUCACCACCGUGCCGAGAUCGACCGUUGAACUGCUCUGUUCCAUGUUCGAAUACAUCUGAACCGAUGAUGAUGUACCGGCCCCGUUCGCCUCUAAGUCUUGCACUAUCUGCAGUUUUGGCUUUGAUUCCGCACCCAAGUGAUCUUGAGCCGUCAUCCGCAGCGUCUGUAAUCCAGCGCAGAACAUACGCGCAUGCUUUCGCCCAACUCGCCCAUUCGACAAUCGAAGCGGAGUGUGACCUUGAUCUGUCCUCGACUGAUCCCGGACAGGCAUUGUCUGCCGCGCGGCCUUUUGUUGGACGGGAAAGAUUCCACUCGCAAACUCCGGUGGACUAUGAAAGCCUCCUGGCUCUUUUGGUACUUUCAGUUUAUGAAUACUCCCAACGCGGCAACUUGCUCAAGAUGCGAUAUCGUGCUGGUCAGGCUCUUGCAAUGGCUUUGGACAAGUCACUUCAUGCUCAAAUGGGGAAUGAUGAAUUUUCGGAAGCUCGACGGAGAGCCUGGUGGAUGACGUAUUAUUGUGUGAUUCAAGGAUCGAUUGUUAGCACAACGAUGCCUGCUAUCGUUAUCAAUGACCCGCAGUUUACGACUCCAUAUCCAUCGUUUUCAUCAGAUACCGAGGGUUGGGCUAUUUUGAUACAAGCUCAACAAGUGCUUGUAUCGGCAACCCAGUUUAUUGGUGAUCUGAACAAGUGCCUUUCGUCCCAAUCAGGGAUGUACUACAUGUUCGAACGAAUGCAGCAACUUGAUGCCUGGACCCACUCUGUGAUUGCACAGGCGGAGCUACUCCCCCUUCUGCCCCAGACAUCAGAUUUCGGCGAUCACAACGAAUCAAUCACAGCCCAAAGCAUACGCGCAAUAUCCCGAAUCAAACUAUCCAGUGCCCAAAUAAAAACGCACCGCUUCCGAGCCUUCUCAGACAUCCCCCUCUUCAUCAAAAGACACUGCGACCUGACAGCAGCAAAUCCAAACAGCACCCCCACAACCGUCGGCACAAAGCCCGCCGGCAUCCACAACAUCACCUGCUCCUGCUCAAACCUCAACUCCUUCGAACGAGCAGCCUCAACAGAAUACAUGACCCCAUCCGAUUCCUCCACCUCAUCCGACAUCCACCCCGAAAUCAACUCAUACGCGCCCCAGUACUCGCAAUAUCCAUUCGCAGCCGGGUUCCCCUACAGCACGCAGCAGUCUGCGAAAAUAUGCCUCCAGGCCUCACUCGUCAUCUCCCGCAUGUUCCACAGUCUGCCCGUCCCACAGCCUCUUUCAGAUCCCCAGCAGCAGCAGGGUCGUCCGCUGCCCCGGACCAUGCCCUCCUUCGCAUGCUGUCUGAUGCAAAGUAGCUAUGCUAUGUUCAUGAUCUACUACAAGGCGCGCGUGGCGAAGCAACUUGCCCCUGACAUCCCGGAUAAUGAGCAUGGCGGAGAUUCAACUGGUCAGCUCAUUGAGGAACUACGACAGGGUUUAGAGCGGAUCAUCGCGGCCGUGUCGAAUUAUUCGCUUGCUUUUGAGGCUUUGGAUGGGAUGAGAGAUGAAAUCGAAGGUGCAUAUAAAACGGCGUUCCCAAUAGCAUCUGUUUAA